AUGGGAAUGCGACGGGAAGGUAGGUCGUUUCCCGCUGUCCAAAGAGGCAGGGUUCCACCAACACAGCAUCCAGGAUUUCCAGGACAGAUGGCACUCACCAAUGGGGACCCACUAAAUGGACAUACGUACUUGUCCAGUUUUAUCUCUAUGCUGAUUCGUGCUGAGCCGUACCCAACCUCUCGAUAUGGCCAGUGCAUGCAACCGAACAAUAUUAUGGGAAUAGAGAAUAUUUGUGAACUAGCGGCUAGAUUGUUGUUUAGCGCCGUUGAAUGGGCCCGAAAUAUUCCCUUUUUUCCCGAUCUGCAGGUGGCUGAUCAAGUUGCGUUAUUACGGCUUAGCUGGAGUGAACUGUUCGUGUUGAACGCUGCCCAGUGUUCCAUGCCACUCCAUGUAGCCCCGUUGUUGGCUGCAGCGGGGCUCCACGCUAGUCCGAUGGCAGCGGACAGAGUCGUCGCUUUCAUGGAUCAUAUUCGAAUAUUCCAGGAACAAGUUGAAAAACUGAAGGCACUGCAUGUAGAUUCAGCGGAAUAUAGUUGUUUAAAGGCUAUCGUUCUAUUUAGCUCAGAUCUGAGGACACCGUCAGACAGACAGUCAGACAGACAGUCAACCUUUUGGAAAGAUGCUUGUGGACUUUCAGACGUGGCUCACAUUGAAGGCCUACAAGAAAAAUCCCAAUGUGCUCUCGAGGAAUAUGUCCGGAGUCAAUACCCAAAUCAGCCAACACGCUUUGGAAAAUUGCUGCUCCGGUUGCCAUCUUUGCGUACAGUGAGCGCUCAAAAUAAUUUCUGGGAAAUUUACCUAUGA